GGUGAAAGUUCAGUGGUUUGUGAAAGACUUGAACUGCAUUUCUCUGCCAUGUCUUUGACUGCUUUCUAGCAAACGUGUGUGAUUCUACAGAGAUGUGGAUGCGGCCUUUCCUCUUGGUUCUGUCGGUGUGUGUGUUUUGGCAAGAUGGCAGCACCAAUCAAAUGCCAGAUAAAUGCCAGGAUGCCGCCGUGAUGAAGGCGGCCGAGGAAGCUUUAGAGCAGAUCAAUGCAGAGAGACAGGAGGGAUAUAUCCUGACACUCAACCGAAUAUACAAUGUCAAACUACACAAAAAGGCAGAUGGUAUAAAUCACUUACACCUGACCCUAGAUGUUCUGGCAACACAAUGUCAUGUGAUCAGCAGAAGGAAAUGGAAAUCCUGUGCUGUUAAGGACAUUGGUAAUUUACCGGCAUUCGGGACGUGUGAAGCCUCCGUUUCCCUUGAGAGCACCAUCAAAGUUCAGAGUUACAACUGCAGCGUCCAACAAGUGACAGCUCGAGCGAUAUUAGAAGCUUGCCCCGACUGUCCGACUGCAGAACGUCUAGAUGAUCCAGUAAUAUCGGAGACCACACAGAUGGCCCUGCGCAAAUACAACAAAGAGAGCACUUCCCCACAUCUCUUCACUCUCGUCAAUAUAACAGCGGCCAGCAUGCAGUGGGUUGUGGGUCCGUCGUACUUUGUGGAGUUCAUCGUUCAAGAGAGCGAGUGCAGGAGAAACAGCUCUGAGAUCGACCUGACGCAGUGCCCACCAAAGGACUCACAGUCUGCUCUCAAGGGGUUUUGCUCUGGUUCACACAUCACUGCUGACGACACGCUGGAGAUCAAAGUUCUUGUAGACGUUAAAUGUGAAAUCUUUCAGCCAGUGGCUGUUCAGCAAGAAGUCUCCAGACCUGUGGGAUCAGUGCAUGUCCUGUCUCCAUCCCUCAGUGAACCACCUCCCAGAGCCCCACCGCUGUCCAGUAGCUGUCCAGGGGACCGAAAACACCACCUGGGCCUGAGAGAGCUGGAUCUCUAAUACAGACAUGAUCCAGACGGUCUGAAGAAGCACUCUAGAUGUUUAUAGUGUCAUGAGUAUUAGCUGCAGUACCCACCAGUCUCACUAGAGGGCACUCCAGCUAUAUGUUCACUCCACCAGUCAUUCACCCGGACUACACACCCCGUCAUCUACAGCGGUUAGCAAUCUGGAUUCUAACACACUUGCAGGUCGCCAUAAUUAAUUAUACACAGUAUUUAAGCACCAGAGACACACUCAUUCAUUGCUCAGUAGUUUCAUGUUAGACAUUAUCAAGUCUCCUUGUUUUGGUCUGUCUUGUAUACACCUUUAGACUAGUGGUAGGCAGAGUGUGGCUUUGUGAGACAUUGAAAUAGUUGAAGCAAACACAAGCUGGCAGUAGGUGUUGAUGGUCCUCAGUGUCUGGUUUCUUCAAUGAUGUUUUGAUUUUCUGAACGCUUCCUUAAUGUACAAGUAGCUCAAACUCACUCAUUCUGAGGCAGGAGCUGGUGGACGAGCAACUAAUUUAAUCAUGAGGUAAACACAGAACAAAAGUGUGCAUCUGGAGCUGCCUCACGGGACACUUGUAAACAAUCGCUCCAUCGGGCUCAUGGUUCUCACCUCUGCCCACAUUCAUCAGCGCUACCAAGCUGACCAAUCACAGAGCUUGCGCUAUACAUGGUUGUGAUCGUUAGUUACACUUUUUAAAAGGUCAGUGUCGGCGGUGGCCACAUCGAAAGCUAUGCGACCGUACACAUGCACUCGGCGCAGAAGUAUAAAUCAGCCAUGUUGAUUUAUGUGCGAUCGAGUUUUUAUUUUGUCAGUCAAACACAGAUUCGCCAAUGCUUGUGAAUGGCUUUCAAAUGAAUUGCUUUAGUCACAUGACUUGGGUGUUUGGAAACUCUUCAGAGCAGUGUUUCCAAACAUUUUUUGUAAAAGCCAGGAUUUGAACCCAGGAAUUGGGACGUGUGCAGUCCACUUGGCAAUGUGCGAGUUUUCGUUUCUGACCCUGUCAUUCAAACACAGAUUCUUGAAACACUUGUGAAAUGCCACGAUCCCCUAAAUGGCUUCAGUCACAUGACCUAGGUGUUUCGAAACAUCUGCACGUUUGGAUCUCAACACUGUGCCGAAACAUCAGUUUCAUGUUAGCCAUCCCUAAGCAAAUGUGUCGAGGGCUAAAAACAUUCGAAACACGUUUCUACAGCCACCUAGUGGUGGUUUUUAGGUAUUGCUCUGAAACAGCUUCAAGAUACUGGUACGCGAAUUGAGUAAUUGUAACCCACGUUGUAUGAACGACAUGUUAAUUGAUUUAAUGGAGUCAUUAGUGUUUCUGACUGGCGGACAGAGAAAUUGCGUCUGAAUCCAGGGUGAUCAUUUGAAUUUUGGGGUUUUAUUCCUCUGUUCUUGUAGUGUUUUGUUUUAACAUUGGUCUGACGCUCAAAAGUGACAACCGUGAGGCAGGAUUGGUGUCUUGAAGGUGGGCAUGAUUGGGGGUUCUUUAAUAAUAACCCCAAAACGAAGUGGGAUGGGAACUUUCCAUCCUUAGCAACGACCCCACACUUGGCUAUGUGCGAAAUUUCGUUUCUGACCCUGUCAUUCAAGCACAGAUUCUUGAAAUACUUCCGAAAUUCCCCAAUCCCGUGAAUCGCUUUAGUCACAUGACCUGGAGGUUUUGAAAUGCUACAGAGCAGUUUUUCGAAACACCUACGCUUUGGGAUCUCGACACAGUGUUGAAUUGUCAUGUGGCAUCCCUACAUUGGACUGUUAUUACAUUUGCCUGUCUCUUGAACUGCUCGUUUUUGAUUACCCUUCACAUCACUGUUUUAACCAACCCAGGCUCAUUCUGAAAACGUAUCCCUGUAUACAAUUCUGGAGAGCGCGAAAUACAUCCCAGGAGGUACCUUUUUGCACUUUUUGUUCACACAAAUUCACCUGAGGCCAGUGUCGACUGACCGAUCGACUGACCCACCCUCCUCCUACCCUAAACCCAACCGACAGUGUUUUCAUAAAUACACCAGAAAAAGAAAAGGCCUUGUGGCCUCCUGGUUUCAGAUCUUACCACAUUCUCACCCUGUUAUUUUUUUGGCUUCUGUUUUUGUCUAACCUGCUUCCUGGAACCGUUCUUCGCCAGACUCCAACGCCAUUGUUGCGUUUAAACUCCGCUCUGCGUCUUGAGUUCGCCGACGUACGCGGCAAGCUACUGGACAAAAUGGUAACAGCAGGAAAGCCAUCCAUAUGAAGGCAAGUGGUCAGCUGGUAAGCAAGGAAAGAAAUAGCAUCAAUCUGCGCCGUAGCGUUCUUUUUAAAGACAAAAUGCAGUCACACGUACUUCUGGCUACAUAAUUUGCGAUCUUUAGAAGUGAAGUUUAUUCAUAAACUAAUUUCGAGAGGAUCACGUGCUUAUGAUUUAUCACG